AUGAAGGUAGAUGACGGGUCGCAAGUGGCUGGCUGGCGGGUCUUAGGUGGUGCAGUGGGUGUGACGGUAUCAGCAGCUGCAGGCUUGAUGGUAAAGGCAGCUACAGGGGUGGCAGUGCAAGCAGGGGCUGUUGGGACGGUGAAGGCAGCAGGUGGGACGGUGGAGGCAGCAGGCUGUAGUACAGCUGUCCGCGCGGCGGGUAACACUUUCGGCACCGCAUUUCGGGUUACCACAUUUGGCGAGUCGCACGGCGGAGGGGUAGGCUGCGUCGUCGACGGUUGCCCUCCGCGCCUGCCGCUCACAGAGAAGGACCUCCAGGUCGACCUGGACAGGCGUCGGCCGGGCCAGUCGCGAAUCACCACACCCCGCAAGGAGACAGACACGUGCCGGAUUCUGUCAGGCACUGCUGAAGGGGUGACGCUUGGAACGCCAAUCGCGGUUCUCGUGCCAAACCAAGACCAGAGGGGAGGGGACUAUUCUGAGAUUGCAGUGGCUUACCGCCCUUCCCACGCCGAUGCAACAUACGACUUUAAGUACGGCGUGCGAGCCAUUCAGGGCGGAGGCAGGUCGUCAGCUCGUGAAACUAUUGGCCGAGUGGCGGCCGGCGCAAUUGCCAAGAAGCUUCUGGCCCUCCACUCAGGCACCGAUGUGCUCGCGUUCGUUUCUCAAGUGCACCACGUGGAUCUGCCAGAGGAUGCCAUCGACCUCGAUACAGUCACACUGGACCAGGUUGAGGCGAACAUCGUACGUUGCCCCGAUGCCGCCAUUGCAGAGCGGAUGAUCGAUGCGAUUGACGCUGUGAGGGUGAAGGGCGACUCGUGUGGCGGCGUGGUCACGUGCGUGGCCAGGAACGUCCCUCGGGGUCUGGGCUCGCCUGUGUUUGACAAGCUAGAGGCCGAGCUAGCACGGGCGCUCAUGUCUCUGCCGGCCACCAAGGGGUUUGAGAUCGGGAGUGGCUUCUCAGGUAUGCCUUGUGAUGCGCUGCUAAAGGGUUUGAGAUUGUUCUCAGUGUGUAUUCCCCCCCGGCGAUGCCCGUGCUCCAUGCCCUCUUGUCACUCGCUCUUGUCUCUGCCCGCCACCAAGGGGUUUGAGAUCGGGAGUGGCUUCUGA